UCAUAAUUUUGGAACAACUCAAUUUGAAGUAGUAAAAUGGGAUGGAAUGGCUUUCAAGGAGAUGGGUAACCUCAAAAGUCAAAACACUUAUUAUCAGAUAUGGUGGCUUUACCAAAGGUCCCAAACAUCUUCCAAAUAAUUUGAGAGUAUUGGAAUGGUGGGGAUUUCCUUCACCAUCUCUACCAUAUGAUUUUCAUCCGAAGAAACUUGUCAUGCUGCAGUUACCCUAUAGUUGCUGUAGCUCACUGUCUCUCGAUUUGCUCAUGUCAAAGGAUGUAAGAUAAAAGUUCUCUACUUCUCUUAUUUACUUCUAUAUCAAUAAAUUCCUUGAAUAUUAUUUGUUUGGUUCCUUUUUAUUUCUCUUUUGUGUAUUUUUUUUUGGCAGAUUUUUGUGAAGAUGAGAGUUUUGAAUUUUAACAGUUGUGAAUAUAUAACAGAGAUACCCGACGUAGGUGGUGUCCCAAAUUUACAAGAAUUAUCAUUUCGCUACUGUAAGAAUUUAAUUAAAAUUCAUGGAUUAGUUGGAUUCUUGGCUAAUCUUAAAAUAUUGGAUGCUGAUGGUUGUAGCAAGCUUAGGAGUUUUCCGCCUAUCAAAUUGACCUCCCUCGAAAAUCUCCGGCUUUCAUAUUGUCCUAAUCUUGAGAAUUUUCCAAACAUAUUAGGAAAGAUGGAAAAUGUAACUUUCCUUUAUAUUUCAGGCACUCCCAUAAAAGAACUUCCAUUUUCAUUUAAAAAUCUCACUAGACUUCGAAGAUUUAAACUGGAGGAUUGUGGAAUUAUUCAGUUUCCAAGUAGCAUUUUUGUGAUGCAAAAACUUCGUUAUUUGGUUGUUAGCAAAUGUGAGGGGUUGCUACUACCCAAAGAGAACAAAGGUGAAGAACAAAUGAGCUCAAUGGUCUUUAAAAAUACGUUUUAGCUUAGUCUUUUAAAUUGCACUAUAUCAGACAAGUUCCUUCAAAGUGGUCUCCCUUUGUUUGCCAAUGUUAAAGAAUUAUACCUAUUGAAGAAUAUAUGAUUUCACAAUUCUUCCUACAUGCAUUAGAGAAUGUCGCUUUUUGACAAAAGUUUAUUUGGACGGUUGUUAGAAUCUAAAAGAAAUUAGAGGGAUUCCACCUAACAUAAAAACAUUCUCUGUAAUAGCAUGCUCAUCCUUGAAAGAUUUAGAUUUGACACUUCUUCCUACGUGGACCAACGAAUGUCUCUUUUUGAUGGAGCUUCAUUUACAUGGAUGCAAGAAUCUUCAAAGUAUUAAAGGGAUCCCACGGAAUAUAAAAACCUUGUAUGUGAAAUUCUGCUCAUCCUUGAAAGAUCUAGAUCUUACUCAACCUCCUGCAUCCACCCAAGAAUGUCACCUUUUGAAAGAACUUUAUUUGUGUGGUUGUGAGAAUCUUCAAGAUAUAAAAGGGAUUCCAUCCAACAUUUUAGCAAUUUCUGCAUCAAACUGUCAAUCCUUGACUGCCAAGUGUAGAAGCCUGUUAUUGAGUAAGGAAUUGCAUGAGGCCGGUGUACGCAAAUAUUUUAUUUUUCCUGGAACGAAGAUUCCAGAGUGGUUUGAGCAUUGUAUCAAUGGAUCGUCAAUUUCUUUCUGGUUUCGCAACAAGUUCCCUGCAAUAUCCCUCUGUGUUGUUGCUGGAUCCAAAAAAUAUUCGAGCAUUAUUCCCAUAUUUACCAUUAAUGGCAGGAGAAAUUUAUCAAAAAGGAGGUGGGUCCAUUUGUACCAAAUGGAUGAUCAUGUGGUUAUUUUUGAUGAAAUGGAGAAACCAGUCCACAUGGAUGGAGUUCUUUUAGAAAAUGAAUGGAAUCAUGUGGUAUGUACUGUAUCACAUAGUGAUUCUUCUAACCCAUGUGAAGUGUUUAUCAAACAAAUUGGAAUCUAUGUAUUCAAACAAGGAAGCAACAUGGAUGACAUCCAAUUCACCCAACCAUUAUGAUGGAAAGAAGAGCAUACAUUGGUGGGUGCGAGAGAUUUUCACAUGCUGCAUGGUUCAAGGGAAAUAAAAGAAAAGAGAGGGGAAUGAGAAUGCUUCAGUACCGAUGCAAGUACUUCUGGCCUGUUAUAUGCCCCCUGUGAAAUCUCUUCCUUUCAAUUGGUAAUAAAAUUUUGUGAAUUUGGGACAAAUUGAGUGGUGUUGGUUGAAAAAUAUGUAGCAAGAAAGUAUGUUAAAUGAUUCAGGUUCUUGUUUUCCUGUGUAUUGGUUUCAUUUCUUAUAAUUCACAUUGACUCAGACUGCACAUGUAUGUGUUGCUAAACAUAUGAAUGAAAUCUAAUUAACAGGAAC